UCGCUGUCUGCCCUCCUCCUCCUGCCUGUUUUGUUUUUGUUUUACACCUUGUUAUGCAAUGCAAUCUCAUUGCAAUUAAUUUGAUUAAUUAAUUACAUUGUAAAGAUCAUCUUUAUUUUUUUCCAGCAAACAGGCAAUUUACCCAUCCUUCAACUUGUAUUUUGUUAUCAUGCAUUUAUUUCCCUGUAAUAAUGGUUUUAAAUCAGAACUUGGGAUUCAGUUUUGGAUGAUAACCUAUAACUUGCUAUUCUGGAGAUAAAUAUGGAAGAUAGGCCUAAUGAUAACAUUUCAAGACAGGCAGAGGAAAUUGAAGCACUCUGCUCUAUAUACGGAGAUGAGUGGCGCACAGAAGAUGAGUGUAAUCAAGCCUACAGUAUCCGUAUUGUGGAGGACGGACGUGAGGUGAUAUUGUAUAUUACACUGCCUCCAGGAUAUCCAGGAACUUCUCCACCAAUAUAUCAGCUGUCCGCCCCAACUCUGACCCGACAAGAUAAGCAACAACUUUCAAGCAAACUAGAAAAUGUUUACAUAGAAAAUAUCGGUGAAAAUAUUUUAUACCAAUGGGUUGAAGCUGUUAAAGAGUUCCUUCAAGAAAGAGAAAAUGUUAGCAAAACACCUGAGGACGAAACUGAUAUUGAAAUCAAUCUUACAGUAGCCCAAUUGUCUUUAGAAACUUCCCCUGAAACAAAGGAUUUAGCAGUUCCACGCAUCACUCAUGGCACAACUGUUGUUGAUAGAAAGAGCAUAUUUCAGGGUCACGUGGCAGUAAUUAAAUCUGUGGAACAAGUCAAGCUAGUGUUAUCGUCACUCAUGGAGAACAGAAAGAUAGCCAAUGCCACUCACAACAUGUACGCUUACCGAGUGGAGAAGAAUGGUUGUCUGGCUCAGGACUGUGAGGAUGAUGGGGAAACUGCAGCUGGGGGAAGACUGCUUCAUCUACUGCAAAUCAUGAAUGUGAUGAACGUGGUAGUGGUUGUCAGUCGAUGGUAUGGAGGGAUACAUCUAGGACCUGACAGGUUUCGUCACAUCAACAACGCUGCUCGGCUAGUCCUAGAACAGGCUGGGUUCAGUGGCAAGAAGAAGUAAACUCUGUGCCUUGGGUACAUCUCAAAUGACAUUGUUGGGAUUUAAACUUUUACGAAUCAUGUUACAUGAUUACAGAUUUUAUUAUUGAUAUACCUUUAAUAGUUUUUUGUACAGUUUUGUUUUUUUAAUAAAUGUUUAUUAUAUUAUAUUCUUU